CACAUAAACUCGACGAAAGGUGCUUACGGAACUGUGUAUCGUGCACGAGACAACGUUACUGGCAGAAUUGUGGCCAUUAAAAAGGUACGAAUUCCGCUGACUGAGAAUGGUGUGCCCAUGUCAACAUUGCGUGAGAUUGCCUUACUGAAGCAAUUAAAUAUAUCGGAUCAUCCAAAUAUUGUCAAACUUUUUGAAGUAUGUCAAUAUUUGGAGCGCGAAGGUCUAUUAAUGGUCUUUUUGGUGUUCGAGCAUUUAGAACAAGAUUUAUCAGAUUUAAUCGAUCGUUUACCAAAAUCCGGCAUGCCACCUACAACAAUACAACGUCUCUCACGUGAACUGUUAACAGGAGUUGAUUUUUUGCAUACGCAUCGAAUAAUACAUCGCGACUUAAAGCCUCAAAAUCUGUUGAUAUCCUCACAAGGACAUUUAAAAAUUGCUGAUUUUGGACUGGCGAAAACGUAUGAUUUUGAAAUGAAAUUAACAUCUUUAGUUGUUACACUAUGGUAUCGAGCACCAGAAAUAUUACUUGCUCAGUCAUACAACAGUUCCGUGGAUAUAUGGAGUUCAGCUUGUAUUAUAGCAGAAAUGUUUUCACGUAAAGCGUUAUUCCCCGGUUCAUCGGAACCAAAUCAACUAGAUCGGAUAUUUGAGUUAACUGGUCGUCCUACAGCACAACAAUGGCCCAAAUCAAUAUCAUUAUCUCGUGAACAUUUUCCACCACGUCAACCAAAGCAGCCUAGAGAUUUCUGUGCUAACCUAUGUGAAUUUGGCAAUGACUUAUUGAGUCAAAUGUUGUCUUAUGAUUAUCGGUUACGACCAUCUGCACUGGCCUGUUUAAAACAUGAAUACUUUCAGCAAGAACCUAUUUAAUAAGAAUAUACGGUUGUUGUUCCUAUUUUAUAAAUGAUCUAUGUAUGUUUCUCAUAGUAGUGUCUACGGUUAUUGUAUAUCUUACUAGGAUAGUAAAUAUUUCUAAAUGACAAAUAAAUCAUUGUUUAAGUAGCAUAUAAUUAGUGUAAGUGUGUCUAGUCUAAAUAAACUUCAGAAGCACAAAUGUAAUUAUAAAACCACAAUACCCUCAAAGCCAACAAAAAAAACUGUACUGCCAUUUUUUGAAAUGUUGGAAAAUGAAAUAUCUCAAACUUUUCAUUCUUAUAUACAAAAAACUUUCGAAACACCUAAGGAUUUCAUUCCUGUCAAAAUGUGAUAAAAAAUUAAAACAUUUUUCAGUAAAUUUAUACAAAAUUAUCUUAGUUAUAGCAUAGAAGUUUAUACUUAAUAUAUAUACAUAUUAAUGUUAAAAUAUUUAUAAGCUAGUUAGUUAGUAGUUUGCUACUUAAUCUCUAUUUUUAUAGACUCACUUAAAUUAUACCACUAUGUGCUAAUGCCGUUCAUAUAAAAUAUACUAUAUAAAUUCAUAACUAAGUUUCAUAUUGUAAGUUUUCAUAUAACAUUUACAUAUAAUUAUACGGAUAUAAUAACAUAUUUAUAUACGAAAAUGUAUACACUUUGUGCAUAUUUUUAUAGGAACUUUAAUAUACAUUAAUUUGUAAAAUAAUUAAAAAUAUAAAAAUAUAUUUGUAAGCAAAUCGUUGCAUUAAAACGAUUUAAAUUAAAUAAUAAAAGGUA